AUGAAUGGCGAGGUUGGCGAGCUAGAAGAACAGCUGGCAAGAAGAGACCAGGAAACGAAUGAACUAGAAAGGAGCCUUUCAACAGCUCAGCAGAUAUUACGUGACAAUCAGGCUCAAAGAUCACUAGAAAUGGAUUGUCAAGAAGCACAAAAGCGACAACUGGGGGAGAAAGCUGAGGGAGAUGAAACUUUACGAGAACACUUUGAGGAAAUGGAACGAAGGUCGAGAGAAGAAAUAACUGUAGUUUUGUGUGAACAGAUCACAGAAAAGGACCAGAAGUUGACGGAGAUGAUACAACAAUUGACAGUGACAGAGAAGCGAGAAGAAGAUCUUAAGACGCAGAUAAAGAAUGUAGAGGAACAGCUGAGAGAGAAUGAGAAUUUACGAACGAACCUGAGAGAUGUUGAGCAACGAUUAACACAGAAAGAGGCACAAGAAGAAAAUUUACGAUUAAGCCUGGAGCAGAUGGAGCAAAGGAUGAGAGAAGAAUUAACACAAAAGGAAACGAGAGAAACUGAGUUGCGCAAACAGCUUAGAGAAAGGGAGGAGCAGGCUGUUGAAUGUCAGAGACAUUUGAGCGGGAUGGAACAGCAAUUGUCAGAAAAAAACCAUCAAAACGAAACUUUACUGAAACAACUUAGGGAGAUGGAACAACGAUCGAGAGAGGUUACAGCGGAGAAUGAGAUGAGAGAAAAUGAGUUUCGUAAACAAAUCAGAGAGAGAAAGCAAGAACUGAGGGAGAUGGCGCAUCAGUUGAUUGAGAAGGAGCAACAAAAGAAGGACUUACGCACGCACACGGAACAACGGCUGAGAGAAGAAAUGAUAGAAGAAACUACGAGGCUAGGUAAACAGCUUAGAGAAAAGGAUCAGCAUUUAGCAAACGCUCGAACGCAGGUGGAGAAGCAAGAACUACUCAGAACAGAUCCCCAGCACCAACUUGAAGUAAUUGUAGCAGAAAAUGCAAAUCUCCGACAACAGGUUGUUAAUUUCGAGAAUCACACCGGAUCACAGCCCGAUGAUUGGGUAAUUUCCCGGGAUAAUAUUCAGUUGACUGAUAAAAGCCUUGGAGUUGGAGGGUGGGGCGAAGUUUUCGAGGGCAGGUACUGUGGUUGUUCUGUUGCCGUGAAGCGAAUCCAUGAGGCGAUCAAUUCGCCUCACAACCAGAGUUUGUUCCAGAGGGAAAUUAAUAUUGCUUCGCGAUGCCGACACCCUUGCUUGCUGCAGUUUAUCGGAGCGACUUAUGACGAGGAAAUUCCAUUGUUUGUUACUGAGCUGAUGGAAUCAAAUUUGCGCGAGCUACUGGAUCAACGACCUCUUUCCCGUGAGGAAAUCAUCGUAAUUUCGCUCGAUGUGGCUCGAGCGUUGAACUACCUCCACCAAAAGAAACCUCCUAUUUUUCACCGCGAUGUUAGUAGCGGCAAUGUGUUGCUAUGGCGACAGGCUAACCAGUGGCGAGGCAAAGUGUCAGAUUAUGGUUCUGCAAAGUUUGAGGAACAGUUUAUGUCAAUUGGCCCAGGUUGUUUCGCCUACAGUGCACCUGAAGUGCAGAUACGAGCAAAGCAUACAGCAAAGGUGAGAAAAUAAGCUUACAGAAUUUCCUUGGAUAUAUUUCUUUAAAACAUGAACCCUUUACAAUUAAGGAUUAAGCGGUACUUGUGUCUUAACUCAGUCUUAAGUCGUGUGCUCGGUUAACGCAAAACGGCAAAGUGUGCUCAGUCUACAAAAACGGCAAAGAGUGCACGGUCUACACAAACGGCAGUGUGCUCAGUCUACACAAACGGCAGAGUGUGCUCAGUCUACACAAACGGCAAAGUGUGCUCGGUCUACACAAACGGCAAAGUGUGCUCGGUCUACACAAAAGGCAAAGUGUGCUCGGUCUGCACAAACGGCAAAGUGUGCUCUGUCUAUACAAACGGCAAAGUGUGCUCAGUCUACACAAACGGCAAAGUAUGUUCAUUCUACACAAACGGCAGAGUGUGCUGGGUCUACACAAACGGCAAAGUGUGCUUAGUCUACAAAAAAGGCAAAGUGUGCUUAGUCUACAAAAACGGCGAAGUGUGCUCAGUCUACGCAAACGGCAAAGAGUGCUCGGUCUACACAAACGACAAAGAGUGCUCGGUCUACGCAAACGGCAAAGAGCUUGUGAAAACAGCGAUCUUAUUUCAUUGUCUUUUCUUGUCCUGCUUUUUAGAUUGAUGUCUACAGUUUCGGUGUUCUCCUCUGUGAAAUGUGCAUUCAGAUAUUCCCGGAUUAUGAAAACCGUGAACUUCAAAUCACUCAGAUGACAGACCAGGUAUUGCAAGACCUCGUCCGCCGAUGUGUGCGGUAUGAUCCCACUGAAAGACCAGACAUGACAGAUAUUAUCAGUACACUGGAAGAGUUCAGUAAAACGUUGUAAAUUUAUCGGGGCAUGUAUUUUUUAAACCAUUAUCGGGGUUCUUUUUUUUUUAAGAAUAUUAAAGAUGAAGAGUUGAUUUGAGAAAAAAAAUUAUUA